AUGGAGAGUCACAAUAUACUUAGUUGGAAGGUAAGGGGUAUUAAUAAGAGGGAGAAACAGAAAUCCCUGAGUUUGUUUUGUUUUGUGAAUAACUUCGGGUUAGGAGCUUUGUUAGAAACUAAACUGCGUGGUGAUAAAAUUGAGAAAAUGAUGCAUUCUUUUUUCGGUGGUUGGAAUUAUUUUUCAGGUACAGCAUCUGAAGGUAGGAUCCUUCUUAUUUGGCAGAGACAGAGUAUCUCUGUUGAGGUUUUGAAGGAAAGUGACCAGUUAGUUCAUGUCCUUAUGGAAGAAGUGAUAUCUAAUAAGCAGAGUUGUGUUACCUUUGUGUAUGGUAGGAAUUAUAUUGAGGAAAGAAAGCAGAUGUGGGAGGAUCUUUCUGUUCUGUAUUUUCCAGCCACUCCUUGGCUUGUGGCUGGUGAUUUUAAUGCAGUUUUUGAGUAUACAGACAGAGUUGGUGGCCGUAGUAUCACUGCUAUGGAAUUGAUGGAUGCUCAAAAUUGGAGAGAAUUGGGGUUGGUUGAUGAGAUGCGCUCUAGAGGUUCUCAUUUCACUUGGACUAACAAGCAAGCUAAUGAGGACAGAAUAUACUCUAAGUUGGACAGAAUUUUCAUAAAUGAAGCUUGGUUUGAUUUAUAUCCUCAUGCUGAAGCAGUUGUUAACUGGGAGUUAUUUUCGGAUCAUUGUUUCUGUGUUAUUAAAUCAGGAGCUACUGUGAACUGUGGUGUUAAACCCUUUCGAUUUUUUAAUAUGUGGACUGACCAUGAGAAGUUUACUGAGUUAGUGUUGCAGAGCUGGUGCAAGCUGUGUAAAGGUUCUGGUUUAGAGAGAAUUGUUCAGAAAUUGGGGAGACUCGAGCAGGUUCUGCGCAAGUUUAAUAAAAAUGUUGUGGGAGAUGUGGUUCAGAAUUACAAUACAGCUAAGGAAAACUACCAAAAUGCUCAAUUGUCUCUUCAAACUGACCCUCACUCUACUGUUCUGCAAAGAGAGGAGCGAGUUGCUGGUGAGUUAUUUGCCACUCAUGCUAGAAUAUAUGACAGUUUUCUGAGAUAG